AUGAUUAAAAAUCAACAACUAAAAAAAAAUCAAUCACAUGUAUUAUCUCAGGGCUCUAACAAGCCAAAUUUAACGACUCAAAAAAGACUUGCUGCCUCUGUUCUCGGUGUCGGCAAGAGAAAAAUUUGGUUAGAUCCAUCUGAAAUUUCCGAAAUUGCUGUCUCCGAUUCUCGUCAAGCGAUUAGAAAAUUAUACAAAAAUGGUAUCAUUGUCAAGAAACCAGCUAGAAUCCACUCUCGUUCCAGAGCUAGAGCCUUAGCUGAAUCAAAACGUGCUGGUCGUCACACUGGUUAUGGUAAGAGAAAAGGUACCAGAGAAGCAAGAAUGCCAACCGAAGUCUUAUGGAUGAGAAGAUUAAGAGUUUUACGUCGUUUAUUAGCCAAAUACAGAGCUGCUGGUAAAAUCGAUCGUCACUUAUACCACUCUUUAUACAAAGCUGCUAAAGGUAAUACUUUCAAACACAAACGUUCAUUGGUUGAACACAUCAUCCAAGCUAAGGCUGAAGCUGCUCGUGAAAAAUCCUUAAAGGAAGAAGCUGAAGCCAGAAGAUUAAGAAACAAAGCUGCUCGUGAAAGAAGACAAAAACGUAUCGAAGAAAAGAGAGAAGCUUUACUUAAAGAUUAA